AUGGAUACCAUACUCCAAGUAUGGCUCAACAAUUGCGACAUCGCAAAACCCAAGGCUAAUAUGCAGCACGUGAAGAGUUUCGUCAAGGAUUUCAGCGACUAUUUGCAAGCGCCAGUCACGGAGAUCGACUUAUCACUGGAAUGGGAAAGGUCGCAUCCAAAUACCGUGGAUGAAGAGUCACUAGAUGGCUAUUUGAGCGAGGUCUCCACUAGAACCUUUCUGUACGACUUCUAUCAUAGCUUCGACAAAUUCCGCGAAACGUACAGGCGCGAGUUCCAGAAGGAACCUUACGCAAAUGAAUACACACAGUGGAGAUGGGAUGUCGCCAAGUCAGUGACUAAGGAAGAGAACGAGGAUGCUGUGGCUCGCCUCGACACUUACAGAGACUGGCUACUCUCUGAAGUGUUCCAAGCGGACAGAUACGAUACCUUGAUGGUGCUGCCAGUCUCUGAGGUUGCACCAAACUACAGAGAUCGGAAGACGGAGCCGCCCGGUAAGCAGAACGCGUUCGAUGCGCUCUAUAUCUCACCCACUAUUGAGGCUCCCGAGAUUGUCGUUCCAAUUGCAGAAUUUCCGUACGCAUCUUGGGUGAGUGGGCGCGAGGAGAAGCUUCCAAUUGCGAUAUCGGUAGUAGGAUAUCCCGGUACCGACCUGGCACUCGUUGGUCUUGUGUGUGCUUCGGUAUAUGCGAACAGUCCAGUACCCGCGACCAUCUCCAUCUAUGGCCUGACCGAGCUCACUCAAGGCGACGCGGUUCGAGAAUUUGACAUUGUUUUCGUACAUGGCCUCCAAGGUCACCCGGAGAGCACGUGGACGUUCUCGGAGGGUACUAACAACCAAGCAUCUACCAAACCAACUUCCAAGGGUUCCUUUUUCCGACGGUCCGCAAAAGCAGCUGCAACGGAGCCCGCAGGUGAUUUGCCCGGAACUCCUCCACCCUCAAACACCUUUUGGCCGCGAGACUUCUUGCUCGAGGAUUUCCCCAAAGCGCGCGUUUUCACCUAUGGCUAUGAUUCCUCCGUUAGCCACUUUUUCUCUGGCCCAGCUAACCGCGACAACAUCCUCGACCGUGGACGAGACCUGCUCGAACGGCUUGCUCCUCAGCGAGAGAAAGUGCGAGGUCGCCGCAUCAUUUUCAUUGCGCACUCUCUUGGUGGUUUAGUCGUCAAAUCGGCCUUGAGGCUAUCAGCCGAAGCUGAGGAUGAAGAUGAAGACCUGAAAGACAUACUAGCAUCAACGGCGGGCGUCUUAUUCUUCGGUACCCCUCAUCGCGGGAGUCUUUGGGUCAGCACGGGCAAGAUCAUCUCCCGUUUUGCCAAAGCGAUCGGUUUUUCGACGAGCAACAUCAACCUCGAUUUGCUCACGCCGAAUGACGCAAUGCUGCAAAUACUAAGAGAUGACUUCAGAAAAAAGCUGGACAAACAGCAAAUGCUCUAUGUUACAUCUUACCAGGAGUCAUUGGGGUACAAAGGCUUCAACGGCUUCGAUGAAAAGAUUGUAGACCCAGACUCUUCAGAAAUUGGACACGCAAAAGAACGGCGCCUGCCCAUUACCGCCAAUCACAUGAACAUGUGCAAGUUCAGAAAUGAGUCUUUGUUCAAACACUUUUCCGAUGCCUUGACGUUGAAAACCAACCAGAUUGACGAAGCUCAUGAUCGCACGCUCUCAUGGCUCCUAAAAGCGGACCAGCAAGGACCCGGCCUAAUGCAUUGGCUUGGCGUUGAAGAGGGCAUAUUUUGGAUCCAGGGUGUGCCAGGCUCCGGGAAGUCUACCGUGAUGAAGUACCUAUGCGAGUCGGGCGACAUCGCCAGAACCCUGAAGACAUCUGGUUGGUCUCAUACAGCAGUUUUCUUAACGCGCGAGAUUGAGGAAGAAAACAGAUCCUGGAAAGCAGUCGUCGGUGCAAUCGUGUACAAACUCUUAUGUUCCCACCCCGCCCUUCAUUCCAUCAUCGAACCGUUGAUCGCUUCCCAUGGCCAACAAAGCUCCUUCUCUCUAGAAGAGCUUGAGAAGAUUCUGCUUCUAUGCAAGUCGCAGAAAAUAGUCAAAUUUCGCAUGUGUCUUUUCAUAGACGCCUUGGACGAGAGUGACAACGAUGAGAAGAAUUGGGAAUAUAUGGCCGACUUCUUGGAGUUCCUGGUAUCAGGUGAGGCCGACCAAGGAUUUGGUACCUUCAAGGUAUGCGCCACCAGCCGCCCGGAGAGCGCGUUCGAUGUACGACUGAAGGGCCGACCUGGCUUGCGGGUGCAGGAUUGGACCAAAGAGGACAUAUACUAUUAUGUCCACAGCCGAUUGGAAUCCCACCGGCGCGCACGAGACAUGGCUGGAGAUUCGGAAUUCUGCGAUCAGCUGCAGGAGAUCUGCAGGUUCAUUGUUGAUCAGGCAAUGGGCGUGUUUCUUUGGGUUCGCCUGGUCGUCGACAGCGUGCAUGUCAGCCUAUCACGAAGCGAAUACUUGGGAAACGUACGAGCGCGACUAUUGAACCUGGAUCAGACAAACACACAAAUGGCUGAGCUCUACUUGUCCACACUCGACAGCAUACCGGUAGAGACUCGCGGAGAGACAGACGCCAUCUUCAGGACGCUCCUGGCGGCGGACAAACCGGUGAGUGUAAUGGACAUAGGUGUCCUUCUCGAGGUGAUUCCAUACCAAACUUUUACCGAAGACGGUUAUGCAAUUGAGCCCCGUCCGAUAUUGGAUAUGAGUAGAAGUGGCCCUAGAUUGGAGCAGCGCAUAAGAGACGCAACGGGAGGGUUGGUGCAGGUCGUUAUGCCAGAAGGACGCACGGAAGCCCUUGAGAUGUGGGAAGCAUUGAGGAAAUCGGUUGUUGCCAAACCUACGAACGAGCCCGGAGAAGAUGACGCUUCACAGGAAAGAGCCAGGAUCGCUUUAAGAGAUCAAUUGAUCGCAGACAUAGUAUCAGGCGUGCAUGACGAGACUGCCGUCUUGACCAACCCUGACGCCUACAUCGAUGCGUAUCACUGGGUUGUGCAUAACUCAAUGCUCAUGCCAGACGCUCCGAUUUGGACAGUUCAGUUCCUUCACCAGACAGUGAGGGAAUUUUUGACAACAUCGGACACAGAUCUGUUUUCGAAGAUACGCGAUAGACUUCCCCAACCACAGGAUGGAAUCAUGGCAGCUGGCGCUAUGUACCACAUUUCAAUUGCACUCGCCUAUGUCCAGCUGAGCGACACCCUGCGGGAGGAGUCUAGAUGGACCCUGGAACCAACAGAAAUCAUGAUGAGGUACGCCCCGAAGUUGGACUUCAUGGAUGGAACGAAAUCCUACGACCUUAUCCACGUUCUUGAUCGAUGCCUCUCAAAGUCGGCCGAAGGGAAGGCUUACUGGCCGGGUCCACGCCUGAACCACCCUCCAGCCUGGAAAACUACGUUCCUGGCAUUCGCAGUGAGCAACAACAUGUGCGCUUUUGUCUCGGGAGCGCUGAGAAGGCAACCUGAUCUCAUUAAAAAGCCCGGUCGUCCGCUGCUACACUAUGCAGGCUGGUCCCCGGGCAAGUAUCCGAACCCUACCAUGGCUGAUAUCCUUCUGUGCGCAGGAGCGAACCCAGGCUGGGUCUUUGACGAGUCGCCACAGAUAUCCAAGACAGCGUUAGAAAGCCUUUUCUUCGGACACGUGCAAGAAAAUGGGGCCUUACACUUCGAGUACAUGUGGACGCUCGCGCAUUUCUUUGACGACUCAGGUUUCGAUUCCCGCGUUCCCUCCCCUUCUGGACCCGAUCUUAUUGUCCACGCAAUGUCCGAACACCCCGAAAAAUGGACCGAAUGGACCACCAUCUUUCACUACAUUGCCGUAAUGCCCGUACCACUCGCGGACAAGAUAGAAUUCUUUAAGAAAUUGAGGACACUGGUCGACAACUCCAACGUUCGGACUUACGACAAUUGUAUGAACGUCCGCGACUCAAACAAGCGGACCGUCUUCGAAGCUCUGCUCCAGAACGCGAAUCCGGAGGAGGUGACGCCAGAGAUGGCCGGUCGCAUGCUGCGGGGCCUGAAAGCCAAGAUCACAGUGGAGAUGGUGCGUGUCAAUUUCGAGUCGUCGAAAGACAGGGAUGAGACGCCAAUCGCGUGCCAUAUGCGCGCGGUGACUCCUGUGUUCUUCAGGGAAGAGUUCAGAAAAGAUCGCUACUACACUAGUGGGGCUAAGAGCCUCAUUUCUAGUCUCAAUCCCCUUCACUUGGCUAUUGCCGGCAGUACGUGGCUACCGCUGCGUAUCUACUUCCGCAUCGUCGUGCUGUGGCCAGCGCUGUCCCAGAUCUUGAUCUGUGUGCUCACGUCACCGGCAUCCAUUGGAAUCCUCGAGAGCGGAGACGGCAAGUACAACGACUUCCUUUGCAGAGAGACCGUCCGCGAGCGCUUCAGGGACUGUUUCACAAAUCAUAUAAAGUAUGUUCCAAAUAUCCUUCUGGCGGCCAGUGUCCGGGCAGCUCUCGGUGCAUCCGCCGUGGAGAACGAAGCGCCAGGUAGGACCUAUUGCUGA